GGAGAGCAGCAGCGGCAAGAUGGCGCAGCCGCCGGUUCCCCUCAAGGACAUGAAGCUGCUGGACGUGAAACUGGGCCAGCUGCCUACCUGGCUGGCCAUGAGAGACUUCACCCCCGGUGGCAUGGUGGGGGCCCUGCGAAGAGGUUACGACAGAUACUACAAUAAAUAUAUCAAUGUCAAGAAAGGGGGCAUCGGUGGUAUCGCCAUGGUGCUUGCUGGUUAUGUUGUUGUCAGCUACAUCUGGAGCUACAGUCACCUGAAGCAUGACCGCCACAGGAAGUACCACUGAAGCGUGAAUUUCAGAAAGUGAAGGUACAGCUCUUGAACAGACUUGGCUACUGGAACAGUUACCCUGACAGAAGACAUCGGAACUAUUCAUAUUAAAAUCUGUAACUAUUAUGACCAAUAAUAAAGUGCAUACACUCUACGUUUACUGA